CAAGUUUGAAAGUACAUCAGAAAAUACAUACUGGUGUGAAAGAGUACAUGUGCUUUGAGUGUGAAAAAACUUUCACUUCAACGGACAGUUUAAGACAGCAUGAGAGGAUCCACACUGGAGUAAAACCUUAUAAGUGUUCAUAUUGUGACAAGAGAUUCAGUGAUUCAGGAGACCUAAAAACGCAUGAGAUGUUCCACACUGGAGAGAAACCUUAUAAGUGUUCACACUGUGACAAGAGAUUCAAUAGGUCAACAGACCUGAAAAAACAUGAGAGGAUCCACACUGGAGAGAAACCUUACGAGUGUUCACUUUGUUACAAGAGAUUCAAACAGUCGUCACAUCUAAAAACACAUGAGAGGAUCCACACUGGAGAGAAACCUUAUAAGUGUUCACACUGUGACAAGAGAUUCAAUAGGUCAGCAGACCUGAAAACACAUGAGAGGAUCCACACUGGAGAGAAACCUUACAAGUGUUCACACUGUGACAAGAGAUUCAAUAGUUCAUCAAGUCUGAAAAUACAUGAGAGGUUCCACACUCGAGAGAAACCGUACACAUGUAAUCAGUGCGAGAAGUGUUUCACACACUCAUCACAACUUAAGGAUCACAUGAACAUCCACACUGGAGAAAAACCUUACAAGUGUUCAAACUGUGACAAGAGAUUCAAUAAUUCAUCAAGUCUGAAAAUACAUGAGAGGAUCCACACUGGAGAGAAACCUUACAAGUGUUCAAACUGUGACAAGAGAUUCAAUAAUUCAUCAAGUCUGAAAAUACAUGAGAGGAUCCACACUGGAGAGAAACCGUACACUUGUGAUCAGUGUGAGAAGUGUUUCACACACUCAUCACAUCUUAAGGAUCACUUGAACAUCCAAGCUGGAGAGAAACUGUGCUCAUGUGUUCAAUGUGAUAAAACAUUUUUGACGGCUUCAGACCUGAAGAAACACCUGACAGUUCAUACAAAGGAGAAGCCGUAUUCAUGUUAUUCGUGUGGAAAGAGUUUUUCAUGUUUUUCAAAUUUGAAAGUACAUCAGAAAAUACAUACUGGUGUGAAAGAGUACAUGUGCUUUGAGUGUGAAAAAACUUUCACUUCAACGGACAGUUUAAGACAGCAUGAGAGGAUCCACACUGGAGAAAAACCUUAUAAGUGUUCAUAUUGUGACAAGAGAUUCAGUGAUUCAGGAGACCUAAAAACACAUGAGAUGUUCCACACUGGAGAGAAACCUUAUAAGUGUUCACAUUGUGACAAGAGAUUCAAUAGGUCAACAGACCUGAAAAAACAUGAGAGGAUCCACACUGGAGAGAAACCUUAUGAGUGUUCACUUUGUGACAAGAGAUUCAAACAGUCAUCACAUCUAAAAACACAUGAGAGGAUCCACACUGGAGAGAAACCUUACGAGUGUUCACAUUGUGACAAGAGAUUCAAUAGGUCAGCAGACCUGAAAACACAUGAGAGGAUCCACACUGGAGAGAAACCUUACAAGUGUUCACACUGUGACAAGAGAUUCAAUAAUUCAUCAAGUCUGAAAACACAUGAGAGGAUCCACACUGGACAGAAACCGUACACAUGUAAUUAGUUUGAGAAGUGUUUCAAACACUCAUCACAACUUAAGGAUCACAUGAACAUCCACACUGGAGAGAAACCGUGCUCAUGUGAUCAAUGUGAUAAAACAUUUUUGACGGCUUCAGACCUGAAGAAACACCUGACAGUUCAUACAAAGGAGAAGCCGUAUUCAUGUUAUUUGUGUGGACAGAGUUUUUCACAUUUUUCAUUU